UAGCAGCAAACGCUAUGCAAUGGUGAAGAGAUUAAGCGCCAUGCUAUCGAACGAAUUCGAUUCCGCGCGAAGCUAAUGCGACAGUCUCUCAACCAACCUGCCCCAUACGCCAAGCAAAAACGACCAGAUUGCAUAGCCGAUUCGCUCCUGGGAAAUGAUACUUCGUUGACGUGGAAGGCGGUUAGACGGUAAGAGAAAACUGUGCCAUCGCCUAUACUGUGGGUGCAUUUCGGUGCCGUGAAAUGAACGGAGGCUACUCCAAAAUUCUGUACCGCAUUGCGGCGCCGAACGAGUGCGAUCGCAUCCGGCAGGCACUGCUGGCGUUCUACUUCCCGGAGGAGCUGGUCACGCGAUCGUACCUCGACGAGAGUCAACCCCAGAUCGGCCCCACGGAAGAGCACAUCCAGUAUGCACUGUCCUUCGUGCACCAGGGCAUGGCAGCGGUAGCGAUCGAGCAAGACCAUGGCACGAUCGUUGGCGUUACGAUCGCACGGUGUGUGAAACCGGGCACGGCUGACGAGCUGCUGGCAAUGGUACCGGUGGCCGGAUCGCGACGCUGGGCCGAAACGUUGCGACUGUUUGCCCAUCUCGAGCACACUGGGGACGUUUGUGGACGGUUCCGUUCGCGCCGCUCGUACCACGUGUUCGUGCUGGCGGUGGAGCCUCACUUUAGACGCCGCGCAAUUGGACAGAAGCUGAUGGACUUUCAGUUGGCAAGGGGGAAGUCGCUUCGCUUUCGGGUGGUAAGUGCGGACGUUACGUGUGAGGUGGCCGCACGGAUAUGCGAGCGGAUGGAUAUGCGGUGUGUGUGUGCGAUGUCGCUGAACCAGUACCGGAACCAGUCCGGCGAGCAUCCGUUUGUGGUAACGGGGCCGAAUCACAUCGUAAGCACGUACGCGCGGUACGUUUAAGGUGGAAUUUCCAAGAACUAGUGC